CUUCUUCGGGUAGGUCGUGCGUGUAUAUGUGUUUGCUCAAAAUUUCAAAAAAUAAAAAUAAAAAAUAAAUAAAUAAAAACACCAAAAUGCCUCGCGUUUUGCUUUGUCCAUUUUUCAAAGCGAAACUUGACAUGAUGAUUUACAAUCGAAUAGUCUCAUAGAAUUUGUGCGAGAUUUUUUUUUGAAAUCUACGGUUAAUUCUCAGUGUUUUUGAUGUGAGAACAAUAUUGCGGCGCAUUAUUCGCAACUUUUUACCAUUCCAGCUUGAAAGAGUGCAUCGGAGAGACGUGAAAUUUCUUUUUAAUUUUCUACUACCGUCAAUGCUCAUUAAUUAAAUAAAAUAAAAAAAAAAAAAAAAAAAUUAUGGUGUGAUUCAAAUUCGAAAUUAAAUAAAGUUCCUAAUUGAACUAUAGUGCGUAAAUAAAAUUAAUUUUCUAUUAAGGAUUAAAAAAAUAUGUUAUUAAGGGUUCCCUCGCUUUGAUAACUUAAAAAAAAAAAAAUGGAGACCAAUACUUUUUGCAAUUGGAGAAUAAUAGGCUGUUGGAAGGUGGCGGUGCAGUUUGGUUCCUAGUUGAGCUGUUUGAGCUGCAUGUUUUUGUAAAUUUCUUGUACUAACUUUGCACUCAUUUGAACUUCACCGCAUUGCCGAGUCCUGCACUAUAAUCCAUGACACAUUUAACACAUGGCCCGUCUGGAGAUUCCAAGCAUUGUGGUGCAUAAGGGCAAUAGGUCGCAGAGUCGACCGGAGAGUCCGACGGUGGUGGUGUGCGGAGGAGGAAUGCCAUCGUUGUCAUCCUCGAAGCAGAGCCUCGUCGUCGGUGCCUCCGCGUCCUUUUCGAACACAGAUUCGGAUAUGAUAGACGGAAAUGCAAAUCCUCCUAAUGAAACCACUUCGAAUCCUCAACAUCGAUCGACACCUCCAGAUAAAGAUUCCGACAAAAAUUUUCGCAAUCGAUCUAACACAAAAGUGAAACUGUUAGUUAGAAGCCAUGCGAUGAGGGAGUCAACGUCACCACCCCGAGAGCCUCACAACGGCUCCUCGCCGAACAGUUUGUCACCAAAUCCCAAUUCCAAGCAACUCAACAAUAACGAGCCAAUGUUUAACAGCAAUUUCUGUCCAAAUCAGAAUUCCAAGCAAAUGCGAAAUUCCGCCACUUCUCCCACUUGUCGCACUCCAUCAAGAAAUGGUCCCUCUAGUCCCUCGCAAGUCCAUUCCCCUAAAAAUGGUGUAUCCUCAACGAAUGGCAAGGAGAAUCAGAAUCAUCGAUCAAAAUCGAAUAAUUCAAAAUGUAAUAAUUGCGUGAAAAACAAUCAAAACGAAAGACCCGGUUUAUUGCAAACGCCGAUCUCGCCUUCAAAAACGAAUCAGAGCGCACAACAGCAUAACACGCAAAAAAGUGGUAAUCAGACACAAAAUAAUCAGCACAAAUCGGAGCAACGAAGGCCAAAUACGCUCAAUGUUUGCAAUAAUCAAUGCUCGCAACAAUGUGGAAAUACAUUAUCAGUGAGUAGACCUGGCUCGAGGCAUAAACUUAGGCAUCAAAAUUCAUCGUCACAGGGAAGCUACGAGAGUGCUUCGCCUUCUCUUUCGCGAGACAGCAGUACGGAAUUGUAUACAGACAGCACGGGAAUAGAUUUAGAGCAAUUUAUCGCCGAGACGAUAAAUCGUAAUCAAAAGGAUCGUACGGUAUUGUUGAAAAUUGAAAAAGAUCUCAUUGAAUUUGCAAAAGAUCGACAAAAGGUGUGUCACAAAUUUCCAAAUAUGUCAUCAUACAAUCGAAUGUUGGUACAUCGUGUGGCAGCCUAUUUUGGAAUGGAGCACAAUGUGGACCAAUCAGGAUUAUGCGUGAUAGUGACAAGAACGAAAAAUAUGCGAAUUCCCGAUACACGUUUUAAGCAACAUAUUCGUGAUGAUUUGAUAUUGUCAGAAGAGCCAAGAAGAAGUAUUCUCAAGAGGGAUUCGAGCUCAUUUGAGGAUAGUUUCAAUUUUAAGUCGCCGGAUCGACUUUCAGGAGAAUACUGCCGCAGGAGUAAGAGUUUCGAGGAGAGAGAAGAGGAGUACGAGAGAGCGAGGCAGAGGAUUUUUAAAGAUAGCAGCGGUGAGAGUAGCGAGGUCACUUCCUGGCCAUAUUGGUCGUCGUCCGAGAGUUCCGAUGCAUCAGCACGAUAUCGGCUUCUUCAUCCGUCUGAUAAUAUUAUGAGACAACCGCGACUUGCGAAGGGCGAAUCUUGUGAUGGACGGGAAACACUGCGAAACGGAGUUCCAAGACCCUCGGUAUCAAAAUCCUUUAGCUUCGGUGGCUACACUGGAGGAAUGCUCUCGAGAGGAGACAGCGUUAUGUCAACGCACAGCGCCGGUCCCCGUCUCACAAAGCAGGACUCCAGUGCAAGUAUGUGUUCACGGCUCAGUCCAUCGAGCAGUGGUUACAAAUCGCAAAGUCAACGAAGCGACACAACAAUUUCUCCAUCGCCGUCGCCCUCACCAAUUCCUCCGCUCGGUUGUAAUCAUAACCAAAUCUCUAGUCAAGAUUCCGUUUCACCAGAGCCAAAUAAUCAGACUGUCGUUUGGGCAGUGUCGAGUAUCUCGAGUGUCCCACCUGGCAGUGUGAUAAUCGAUCCACAGACCAAUGAACCAUACACCAAUCCAGACGGCUCGAUUUAUCGUUUCGAUCCCAAGAAUUUGCCGAAAUUCUUCCCCGAGGAAUGCGAGCCAAUUGCCAAAAAGCAGGAACCAACGGAGCCACGAAACUCAAAGGAGAAGAGACGAUCUCACAAAAAUGGCGGCAAUUCGGCUUCGAAUCAGCAGCAGACACAAGUGAUGAAUUCGGCGACGUCGCCGAGUUUACCAGUGUCGCCGCCACCGGCUCCUCCGCCGUUGCCGCCCCUGCAGCAUGGCAAUUCAACUUCGCAAACUCUAGUCAAAACAACCUCAACAGUACAAUCGUGUGGGCACAAUCAGUUUGUACAGCCCUACGUGACGUAUUUGCCUACCUCAGAGCCAAACAGUCAGAGCAUCUAUCAAGCCUCAACGACGCAACCGACUGUGAUGAUGACCCCACAUCAGGGUCAGCCUGCGGUGCAAAACAGUGGACAGGGCGAUGUUAUUUUCAACCAAAAUCCACUCUAUGCCAAUUACGCUGUACCUGUUCAACAAGGACCUCUUCCCCAGCCUGACGCGUCCGAUUUAUCCGGUUACUUUAUGGGAAUGAACAUCUACGACCAAAGAGGUGGAGGCGAUAGUCAAACUACACCUCCCCAUCCUUAUCCACCACCCCCUCCAUCAUCAAAUCCAGCUCUGCAAAAUGUUCAGACGGUUCAACCUAAUUUCUGGCAAGCGCCUAACAAUAUACCACCCCAGCAGACAAUGUAUUUUGUGCCGCCACCAGGAGCGAUUUCAGUUAAUCAAAAUUCUGGAGAGAGACAGCAGCAACGAUUUUCGACAAGUUAUUCAUUCAAUUUACAAACAAUGACCCCACCAAGUCAAUCAAAUGCGAAUUUUGUCGGUAAUUAUUCGGGUGUACCGUACAAUUCGAUGCCAGCUGUUACUCCAACUCCAGGAGAAUUUUCGUGUCAACCUCCGGUGCACAUGGUUCCUGCCUAUUAUCCGCAGCCGCAACCUGGAAUACAACCCCCGCCAGUUAUGUAUCGAGUUCCCACUCCUCCGAAUACGCCAACCUCCAGUCAGAUGCCAGGUCUGCCAUUAAUGUACGUGAACUCUGGAAGUUACGCGCCACCUGGUACAAUGGUUUCCACAGGAACAUUUGGACAUCAAGUUGCUCCUAGUGGUGCUUCGCCUGCUCCUCCAGGGGCAUACAUGGCUCCCGCUCUUGUUCCUAAUAUUGUCUUUAGGCAAAAUGUACCACUUGUAACUGGUGUUCGUGCAUCGACACCAGGGAGUUCACAAAGAGCGAGCAGAUCGCCCACCCCUGCACAUGAAGUAUUUGGAGGUGGAGACAGAAACACACAACCUCAGCCACGUUACCCACUGCCAGUUUAUCAGGGUAUUCAUAUUGUGCAAGGGGACAUGAGGCUUAUGCAUCCUGCAGUUCCUGGUAAUCCGCGGCUGCAAUACGCGCCAAUUCCAUCGCCACCCGUUAUUCAAGGCUGUCCGCGUCCUUAUCGACCAUCUUCUUACAACUCAAACGUUUCCGGUGCUGGAACACCUAAUUCGUUUGACGGCAGGAAUCCGAAGAUUCGUAAACAGAGGUCCAAAAUUUCAACCCUACCACCUACAGGUGCGCGACCCAAUGUCUAUCAAAAUUCUUCAGCGCCAUCGCUCUCUUGUAAUGCACCUAAAGAUAUCAGAGAAGGAACCAUAAAGGUGACAAUCACCCGUCAAAAUCCGUUGGUACAACAUUAAAUGCAAAAGAAAAAAAAAUGAAGAUUACAGAAAAAUCACAAACAAAAGCAAAGGGAACCAGGUACAAAAAAAGCGACUAUAAAAAAAAAUAUACCAAAAAAAAAAAAGAAAUGAAAAACUAAAUGUAAAAAAAAAGUAUGAAGUUAUAGAGAGAAAGAAGUAAAUUAAAAAGCGAUUUAUCGAUAAGAAGCGAAAAAGAGAAAUGAUAAACUAUUAAUGAUAUUAUCGUUUAAAAAAAAAGAGUUAAGUGAUUCUACUAGUGCGAGGGCUGGGGGGGGGGGGAAAGGAAGAUGACCAGGAGAGUCCCGAGUUUUUAUUCACUACUCAAGAGUAAGGACUGCGCAAAGAGAGUCACUCACAGAAUUUUAUCUACUAUUACAGUGAUUAUAUAAAUACAAAUAUAAAAUGAAUAUAUAUUUAUUUAUUUAUUAUUAAUAUUAUAAUAAAUAUAUAAGUAUAUAUAAAUAAAUAUAUAUAUAUAUACACGCAUUAAACGUGAAGAUAUUUUAACCGCGGUUUUACAGAUCUUAUAAAGAAUGUGAAUUAUAUAUUUAAGCAUAAAGGCUUAUAAUAUUAAAAGGGGGGGGAGAGAAACUACACGAAAAAUGUCGAAAAUUAUAUAAAUGCGAAUCUAUAAAGAUACUUUUACUGAGUACGUUUACGGGAAUUAAAGUGUCUUUCAGAUCGAAAUACAAUACGAUCUAAAGUCUAUUUUUUCACCUUCGGUUCUACCUCAUUUCGCUAUAUAUAAUAACGCUUUUUUGGAGUAAUCUCUUUCAGCCAUUAAAGUUAAACUUGAUUUUUCAAUUGCAUAUGAAUAAGAAAUAUAUUAAUUUUUUUUUUAAAUUUAAAUAAAAAUUAAAUUACCGUCAAGCGGGGCUAUUAUAUUCAACAAAAAGAAGGUAUUCUGUAAGUUAGAUGACAAAAGAAUUUUUUUUUUACCAUAAUUAUAGAAACUAAGUGGUGAGUAUAAUAGCCCCAAACGUUAUUGGGGCUAUUAUACUCAGCAAAGUUUGUUUAUUUAUAAAAUAUCCUUAAAAAUUUUUUAUACAUCUUUAGAUUUAUAAAAUCUUUUCUACACAUAGUCUAGAUUACGAUAAAAAAAAAGAAAAUUAAAAAAAAAAAUUUCUAUAACAAUUGUUUAACUGAAAGUUAAACAUUUUACUAAAAUCUACGUUUAGUAAAAAAAUUAUUUUUAAUUAAUUUAUUAUUAAAUAUUUCAAUAUAAAUAUUUUAUUAAUUAAAUACUGAGUAUAAUAGCCCCUUGCUGAGUAGAAUAGCCCCGGUCGAAGGUAUUGAAAUUUUGAAUUUAUUUUUGUUGAAAUAAAAUUAUUAUUAAAAUAAUCGAAUGAAAGGUUCAAUCCAUUAAAUUUCAACAAAAAAAUCGUUGAGGCCUAUUUUUUUAAAAGUUUGAAUAUUUUUAAUAUUUUUAAUAUUAAAAUUAAUUUACAUAAUUAUAAUAAAAAAACAAAAAUUACAACUUGUAAUCAAAAGAAAUUUGAACGUUAAAUGAACAAUUAUCAUAAAAAAAUAAUUUAAUUUUUAAAUACUACUGUGUUUUUUUUUUAAUAAAUCCAUCAAAAUCAAAUUGAUUCAUCGAAUUGAUUCGAUAUUCUAUUUUUUGAAUUGACAGAAAUUUAAAUUCGACGAAUUUUAAAUUUGUUCGAAUUUUAAAUUUGUCCGAAUUUUUAAUUGUACAAAUUUUUAAGACGCCGAAUUUUCAUUUGUCCGAAAUUACAAAAUGUCCGAACAAACAAUCGACAGAAAGAUUUUGGCGCAAUUUUUUAAAUUGACCAAUCACGAUUUAUUUUGAUAAUUUUUAAUUGAUCAAUUUUCAAAAAUUGCGCCGUAUUUUUUUUUUUUUUUUGUAGCAGAAUAUCGAGAAUAUCGAAUAUUGAAUAUUCUUUCUGUCGAUUGUUUGUUCGGUCAUUUUGUAAUUUCGGACAAAUAAAAAUUCGGCGUCUUAAUAAUUCGCAUAAUUAAAAAUUCUUACAAAUAAAAAUUAGAACAAAUUAAAAUUCGUUGAAUUGGAAUUUUUCUCAGUUUAAAAAUUCGAAUCACAUAAAAUUCGAUUUAAAAGAAAAUUUUGCUAAAUUAAAAUUCUUUUAAAUAAAAAGUCAUUUGAUUUUUAUCAACCUUAAUUAAUAUUUUUAUUCAACUUCUAUUUUUUUUAACCUUAAAAAUUUUUGAAAAUUGUAAUUCUUUUAAAAUGUGAAGAAAAAAUGUAUUAAUAUUAAUUGAUUUGUAAAAAAUGAGAUAUAUUAUUUGUCUUUGAAUUUAAUUAAACAAACCGAUUUUUGGUUUAUAAAUGAAUUAAUUUAUUACAUCAUGUUUUAUUCUGAUAAUUUUUUUAAAAUUAAAUUUUUUUUUUCAAGUUUUACUUGAGGCUGAAUGUGAUUUUGACCAAAGAAUAUUUAUACGCUUAAGAAAGCCAUAAUUUAUUGAAGGGAAUGCAACUGUUAUAUUUUUUGAAUGCGCAAUAAAAGAGGGGUUUUUCCUCUCUUUUUCAUCUCAAUGCAAAAGUAGCUGAGUUGAAAUUAGUUGAUCGAUUGGUAAACGUAUUCAGUAGCUAGUCUUAUGUAUCUAUAGUGAAACGCAAUGGCAACAUACGACCAUGUAAAAUCUCCGUCUGUAAAACUAUAAUGAACGGGACACAAAAUUUCAUUUGGAAAAAGAAUUUUUUUUUCCUCUUUCAUUUAUAUUUUUUUUUUCAAAAUUUUGAUACGUUAAGAAUAACACAUUUUUUUCAUGUCUAAAAAGAAAAAAAAAAUUUUUUCGAAAGUAUUUAAAAAUCAUGAAAGAUUAAAAAAAAAAAAAAAAAAAAUGAAUUAAAAAAAAUAUAACUUUAAAAAAAAUAUUUUUUUUUAUAAAUUUCAGCACGAAAAUAAAUGCCUAAAGAUAUUAACUUUUUUUUUUAUCAUAUAUCUUCCAUUUUUCGAAAAAUUUUUUUUGACCUUUUGAGGCAUGAGUUGAAUCAGAAAAAAGUCUGAUAAAAGUUAUUUGUGGAUAUUUUUCAAUUUUUUUCAAUAGAAACAAUUUUUUUUUUUUAAAUAAUUUUACAUGUAUUUUCAGUGAAAAUGUCGACAUUUUUGAUUUAAAUAAAAAGAAUCAUUAAAAAAAGUGUCAAUUGAAUAAAAAAAAAAAUGUUUCUUGAAAUAAUAUUUUUAAAAAAAUUUAUUGAUUAUAAUAAAUAAAUUUAUUUUUGAAACAACUUUUUAAUGAAACUUAUUAUUUAUUUUAAUAAAAAAUUAAACAACAUAUUUCUUUCUAAUUUCUCCUGAAAUAUACACUAAGAAUAUUUUUUGAUGUCUUGUCAUUACGAACGAAAAUUCAAUCUAAUUUUUUUUUUUAUAAAAUAUAAAAAUCGAAUUUACUUAUUUAAAAAGUUAUAUUAACAAAGUAAAUGUCUAAAUUUUUAUUACAAUUUACUAUUAUUUUUAUUAUCAUGAUUAUUAUUUUUAUUAUUAUUAUUAUUACUAUUAUUGUUACUACUGUUAUUACUAUUAUUAUUACUAUUAUUAUUUUAUUACUAUUUUAUUAUUUUUAUUAUUAUUAAUAUUAUUAAAAUAUUUAUUUUAAAAGUUAAAUGAUUAUAUUUUUAUAAAAACCGAUAAAAAGUUUUUUGUCUCGUUCAGCGAAAAAUACAAAGUGGAUUCCAUCCAGAAGCUUUGCUUACGGUGAUUGUACUUAAGUUUGUAGAUUUAGCUUUUUUCUUCCUUCAUAAAAAAACCGAAUUUCUUUAAUAAAACAUUUUCACAUUUUUAACUUUUACAAUUUAAUUUGUAAAAUAUUAAAAUUUAAAUUUGAAAUAAUUUUUAUAUUUCAAUUCAAUAAAUUUCAAACUGGUUUUCAAAAAAAUAAAAAUAUUUAUGUCGAAAAAACAAUUUUAGAAAUUUCUAUAUAUUUUUUUUUAUUCAUAGGUAUACUAUUUUAUCUUUUUAUUAAAAUAUCUUUUAUUAUAUAUACAAAUUUUUAUAUUAAAUUCAUUUUUUAAAUCUAUUUAUUUAUUUUUAAUUUUAUUUAAAUUUUUGCCUAUUUCUUUUUUUUAACUACUUUCCUGUAUUUAAAGCAGAUCAUUAUUUAAAUUUUUUUAAAAAUCAUUUCUAAUAAUUUCCCGUAUUAAAUUUGUCUCUUUUUUAAUUAAAACUUUUUUAAUUAAAAAAAAUGUUAAUUUUUUUAUUAAAAAAAUUAAGAACUUUGAAAAAUUGUUGGUAAAAAAAUUUUUUUUUCGGAAAGAAAUAUUUUUUAUGAGGGAAGAAAAAAAGUGAUUCUAGUUUGUAGAUUAAACUAAGACCGUAGUAAUGUACCUAAUUAAAGAUUCAAAGAUCUCUGAAAUAAUUCUCGGCUGUUACAGAAUAAUAAUCAACUCACAAGUGUCAUUUGUUUUUUUUUAAACACGAAAAUGUGAUUUAUUAUUUAAUUAACGAUAUUUAUACGAGACGAGAAACACGAUUAUGGAUACGAACGACAUUUGUGAGAUUCUUGCUUUUGUUAUUCUUUCAUUAAAAAAAAAACAUACAUACAUAUAUAUAUAUA